UAUAUGAUCGCAAUUUGUGAAAAUGCCAGUCAUUAUACUGAGCAUUAAUACCAUUAUCUCUAUGUUUGAACCAAACUUACUUUCGGUGAACAUUGCUGGAGUGCCUUUACUUUUAUAAAAGCACAUUAUCAUUAAGUUUUAGUGCCAUAAUAUGGCGGUCGAUGAAACCAAUUCCAAUGGUUCUUCACCUAAGACUGAGGAAGAAUAUGCCGAUCGGAUCACACGAUUGCAAAUGGAAUAUCUCAUACCAUUGAAGGAAGACCUGUCAGACACCGAUGACAUAACGGCCGAUAACUUUAUGUCCCGUUUGGACAACGGUGUGAUUGUGUGUAAAUUAGCCAAAUUGAUCCAGGACAAUUGCGAUGCCACUCAACAAGCCUUCAAUGGAAAACUAAGUCGCGCACUCGAAGAGGAAAUUCCCAUAAACGGAGUUAACUACAAGGGUUUGAUAAGGCAUACACUGGCUCCGACAACAACCAAAUGUUGGGAAAAUGCAAAAUCUCAGUCAUUCUACGCUAGGGACAACGUUUCGAAUUUUCUCAAAUGGUGUCGAAAGUUUGGGGUCAGGGAUGCCGUUCUCUUCGAGAGCAAACUCUUGUUAUCUGACUUUCAUUACACAAACAGCGAGGAUCUGGUGUCUCACGUGAAUCCCCGCAAUGUAGUGCUAUGUCUGCUAGAAAUCGCACGAAUCGCGUGCACUAAGCACUCGUUCAGUCCGGCGCCGGGAUUAGUGCAGUUUGAACAGGAGAUCGACGAACUGGAAAACGAGACCAUCGAUGGCUGGUCCGUGUCCUCGCUUUCCAACGAUUGCAACAUCAGCUAUAGGGGCGAAGUGACAGCUGCCGGUGCUGUCAAUGGCAAUGGCAAUGGACGGAUGGCAUCUGUUUCCUCUCUCAAUAGCAGCAGCAGCUCCUCCACUAUCAGUACAAACACAUCGACCACUCCAACCAAACUCACCUCCGAAUUGGAUCACAAGUUACUCAAAGCCCGUCAUGUCAUGGUUAGGGUGGGAGGCGGUUGGACUACUCUGAGUCAUUUCCUGGAGCGUCACGGGGGAGACCCUAACCAAGAGAUAUCAGCUGCGGAUCUGUUACCUCUGGACACGCGAGCCAUUAGUGUGAGUCCUCGUCGUCGUAGUUAUGCACCACUAGUCAGCACAACAGCACAAACCCCUCCGAUCCCUAAUACGCCCACAUUUGGCCGUUACGUCAGCUCAACCCCCUCCGCCAUCACUGAUGACUACCACUCGCCGACGCCGGCGCUCCUCUACGGAGACGUCAUGCCGUCGACCUGUUCUCAUACACAGGGCGUCCAUCGGUGCUAUCAGUGCCCACCAAAUGGACAGCUCAUUGACAGGCACUCCAUUACCACAUACUCGGCCAACAUCUGA